AUGAGAAACAUCUUCAAGAGGAACCAGGAGCCCAUUGUGGCUCCUGCCACCACCACCGCCACAAUGCCAUUUGGCCCCGUAGACAACUCCACUGAGAGUGGGGGUGCUGGAGAGAGCAAGGAGGACAUGUUUGCCAAGCUGAAGGAGAAGUUCUUUAAUGAGAUCAAGAAGAUUCCCUUACCACCCUGGGCGCUGAUCGCCAUUGCUGUGGUGGCUGGCCUCCUCCUCCUCACCUGCUGCUUCUGCAUCUGCAAGAAGUGCUGCUGCAAGAAGAAGAAGAACAAGAAGGAGAAGGGCAAAGGCAUGAAGAACGCCAUGAACAUGAGGGACAUGAAAGGGGGUCAGGAUGAUGACGACGCAGAGGGAGGCCUGACUGAGGGAGAAGGUGAAGGAGAGGAGGAGAAAGAGCCGGAGAACCUGGGCAAACUGCAGUUUUCCCUGGACUAUGAUUUCCAGGCCAACCAACUCACAGUGGGUGUUCUGCAGGCUGCGGAACUGCCUGCCCUAGACAUGGGAGGCACCUCCGACCCUUACGUCAAAGUCUUCCUCCUUCCAGACAAGAAGAAGAAAUACGAGACCAAAGUCCAUCGGAAGACCCUGAACCCUGCCUUCAACGAAACCUUCACCUUCAAGGUGCCGUACCAAGAGCUGGGGGGCAAAACCCUGGUGAUGGCUAUCUAUGACUUUGACCGCUUCUCCAAACAUGACAUCAUCGGAGAGGUGAAGGUGCCCAUGAACACGGUAGACCUCGGCCAGCCCAUCGAGGAGUGGAGGGACUUGCAAGGCGGAGAGAAGGAGGAGCCAGAGAAGCUGGGAGACAUCUGCACCUCCCUGCGCUACGUGCCCACAGCUGGGAAGCUCACCGUCUGCAUCCUGGAGGCCAAGAACCUGAAGAAGAUGGAUGUCGGGGGCCUUUCAGAUCCCUAUGUGAAGAUCCACCUGAUGCAGAAUGGUAAGAGGCUCAAGAAGAAGAAGACCACGGUGAAGAAGAAGACCCUGAACCCAUACUUUAAUGAGUCCUUCAGCUUUGAGAUUCCCUUUGAGCAGAUUCAGAAAGUCCAGGUAGUGGUCACUGUGCUGGACUAUGACAAGCUGGGCAAGAAUGAAGCCAUUGGCAAGAUCUUUGUGGGCAGCAAUGCCACAGGCACCGAGCUGCGGCACUGGUCCGACAUGCUGGCCAACCCCCGGAGGCCCAUCGCUCAGUGGCACUCACUAAAGCCCGAGGAGGAGGUGGAUGCACUUCUGGGCAAGAACAAGUAG